CUAUACAUAAACCCGACGGGAAUGUCGCUUCGCGCCCACAAACCCGAACAAAUCUGGUUCGCGACAAGUAAUGAGAAAGCGCGAACCGAAAAGUUACGGGGAACAAGUUUUAAAGUCUAUCCCAACUAUUCUCCCCCCCCUACUCCUCAGCCAACCGCCACAGGAAGUAGUUUCCCCGCAAUUUCCGGGGCACGGUCUGCGCACGCGCGGGCCGUGACCCUUUCUGCGCGUGCUAGCUCUGUGGGUCGGUCAGGGGUGCAAGGAAUCUUCGCAGCGGGAGCAGGAGGCCUUGUAAAGCGCGCGCCAUGGCAGGACAGGCAUUUAAAAAAUUUCUUCCCCUCUUCGACCGUGUAUUGGUGGAAAGGUGUGCAGCUGAGACAGUAACUAAAGGAGGCAUUAUGCUUCCAGAAAAAUCACAAGGAAAAGUGUUACAAGCCACUGUUGUGGCAGUUGGAACAGGCUCUAAAAGCAAGGAUUUUUAUAAUUGGCCUGAUGAAUCUUUUGAAGAAAUGGACAGCACAUUGGCAGUUCAGCAGUAUAUCCAGCAAAACAUAAGGGCAGAUUGUUCAAACAUUGACAAAAUUCUUGAACCUCCAGAAGGACAGGAUGAAGGAGUUUGGAAGUAUGAACACUUAAGGCAGUUCUGUCUUGAGCUUAAUGGCCUUGCGGUUAAACUUCAGACUGAAUGCCAUCCAGAUACAUGCACGCAGAUGACAGCAACUGAGCAGUGGAUAUUUCUUUGUGCAGCCCAUAAAACUCCCAAAGAGUGUCCUGCCAUUGACUACACCAGACACACAUUGGAUGGAGCUGCAUGUCUUCUGAAUAGCAAUAAAUAUUUUCCCAGCAGGGUUAGUAUAAAGGAAUCCUCCGUAGCCAAACUAGGAUCGGUCUGCCGUCGGAUUUACAGAAUAUUUUCACAUGCAUAUUUUCAUCAUCGCCAAAUAUUUGAUGAAUAUGAAAAUGAAACUUUCUUGUGUCACCGGUUUACCAAAUUUGUGAUGAAAUACAACCUGAUGUCCAAGGACAACCUGAUCGUACCAAUUUUAGAAGAGGAGGUGCAGAAUUCAGUUUCUGGCGAAAGUGAGGCAUGAUGAGUGUCGUGGACUGAAUGAUUCCGUAAUUAACAUUGUGUACUGUAUAUAUCAUUUAGAAAUGUCAAUCAUGUAUCCUUAGAGCUUUGUUUAGUAUACUUUUUGUAUGCUGUGUGCGUUGCCUCUUAAUAUGGAAUAUGGUUUAAGUUAUUCAUGAGCUGUAUAUUCUUCAAUGUGGCACUCAUGGUUUUUAAAUAAAAUUAGAAUUAUCUGUUUAUACUGCCUGUUAAUAAAAGAAUUUACAGUUCUGUAAAAUUGCUGCUAAACAAUCAUUGGAUCACAAUCUUCAGACCUUGUCCAGUUUAAACCUGAAGCUUCCUAUAUACCAGGGGUCCCCAGACUUACCGCGCAGCGGGCCGGUGCCCGCCGCGCCGACCGUGCGGCGGGCCGGAGGGCAGGGGAGUGCGCGCCCGUGUGCAUGCGCACACGCACACGGUCGGGGAAAAAUCGCCGAAAAUCGCUUGUGCGCAUGGGCCUCCCCCGACCCGGAAGUGCAUCGGAAAUGACCUCUUCUGGGUCGGGAGAGGCCCAUACGCAUGCACACAAAGGAUUUUCGGCGAUUUUUUGCCGAUUUUGAAGAUCGCCGCCGCGCCGUGCGCCGUAAGAGCGGGCGGCGGCAGCGGGCGGCGGGGGUCGUCGCGGGCCGGAUUGGGAGGCCGAUUGGGCCGCAACCGGCCCGGGGGCCGUAGUUUGGGGACCCUGCUAUAUACUGAUGAAGUUGGAAUUUUAGCCUUACUUUGACUAACACCAGAAGCUUGCAAGUCCAUUUAACUCUUUACGUUUUGUAUUUUAUAGAAAGUACCCUUGUUUUAGUGCCCAACUUUUGCUUUUUGGGGUGUGGGCAUAUAUAGCGUCUAAACUCUUGUAGUAUGUGUGUAUCCAAAUAUUCAUUAUUACAGUAUUAAUACCAAAAGGAUAAUACUUAUUAUACUGCCAAAAGUGUAUUCUAGAUUUUUUUCUUUAUGGACUUGCCUUUCUGUAUCGGUUGAGACUUGUGUGUAUCGCAAAAGACCGUAUGUUCAUUUCAGUCACCUUAAGGCAAAGAUUCCGCUCCGUGGUUUCCUUCCUGCACCUCUUGCCAGUCGGUAAAAGCAAUUUGUGUUCCUUUCUGCCUACAGUAAAGUGCUCUGUGGCUUAUACCUGUGCAUAUUUAUAGUAAUUGCUUACAGGUGAUACCUUGCAUUAAAAGUUCAUUUUACACUACUGCAGAGUGUGCCAAAAUAGCCUUGCUCAUUUGUAACAAAAGGGUUCGGUGGAAUUUUGAACCCUACUCAUCACAGUACAUGCAGCUGGAUUCUGUCUUGCCUUUCAUCCAUGCAAAUACCACCUGCUUUAUGUUCCAGUAAUUGAAUUCCACCCCCCACCCCAAAAUCUUAAGUGUAUGUUCCUUAAAUAGCAUUUGCAGGUUUGCAUUAGUGCUAAGGUUUCAUGAGGACUACUUAAUGGAGUUUGAGCUAUUUUGAAUGCUGUAGAAUUAAAUAUUUUUUUUAAAAAAAACUAUAGCAGGCUUUGUAACAUUGGAUGUAUAUGAAUGCAGAAAUCUGAAAGCACUAGCAGUGAUCAAAUUGACUUGGUGAGAUUUUUUUUUGAAGUGGGUGUAUGCUCCAUUCACAUUAGAACAUUAACCAGUCUCCCUUGAUCUGUUGAAAUGGGCAAGUUUCGGCUUUUAUGUUGCCAAGCUGACUUCACACACACACACACACCAUUUUGAAGAGUGCUCAUUAUCGCAGAAUGAAAGGUGCAAAUUUAUUUCCCAAUAUUGAUAAUUUGUGUUUCAGAUUAGCAUUGCGUACAUGCCUUAAUUGCAAAAAAUAUAUUUCAAAUUCAAACAGCAAGAAUGCCACCUUGCAUCCCUUUACUGGAGAAGGGACACAUAGCUUUUCAUGGGCACAAGCCCCGCUUGCUUUUAACAGGGCUAUGUUGGUGGCAACUUUGUUGGGAGGUUCUGCACCUCUGUGCUGUUCUUACUUUCAAUAUAAAAUAUGGUUUUAAUGGUCAACAGGGUCAUCACAUCAGAUGUGUUCUUAGCAACAGCUAGUUAUGUCAAUUCACCCAAUGUAAGGCCUACCUUGAGUAAUGUAGAUGCGAUUGAUACCUCAAAGCAAGUGGCUAAAGAAUUUCCUUUUCAGAGGUAGCAGGGUAUAUAUGGUUAUUGUCAGAAAUGGCUGGUUCAGGGCAGCCCCCCCCAGCCGGAAAAUGAAAUAGCACCUUUAAGCAUUUCUGUGAAAAUCCGUGGUGCUUGAGGCUGCAACAAAAUCUCAACACAUCUCCAUAUUAUUCUGGUGUAUGUCUCUGAAAUGGCUAAUCUUGUUUUUAGCAAAUGAAUCCAAUUCUGCACUGUAAACUUGACUUCAUAUAAUCAAGUUAAGUAAAUGGGGCACUGCUUGUAACCUUUAAUGCUGUUGACUCAAGUACCUCUGAUAAUGUGUGCACACAUGUGCCUGGCUGAUACUGUAGAACUUCAGUAAGCAUAAGUGAACUAUUGACUUUGUAUGGUAAAUAUAUAUUGAGGGUUUAACUUACAUUCUGCAUUAUAGGGAAACUGAGAUGUGUCUGUCUUUUGAAUUACAUUGUAAAAAAAAGUAGAGGUUGCAAUUAAAUCUUUUUCUUUUUCCAGA